AUGCCCCAUCGACCCAGACUCCAACUACCACAACACCUUCCGGUGCAACCGCGACCUCACCCCCCCCCCCCCCCCCAAAACCGCCGGACCUGGACGUGGGAAGGCUAUGCCGGCUACUGGGUCAUAACCGGCAUCAACACCACAGCCUGGACCUUCGGCUCCUCGCUCCUGUCCCUAGGCCUCAGCGUGCCCCAAGCCAUGGGCGUCUCAGCAGGCUGCUCUCUCAUCACCGCCAUCCUCGCCGUCUUCGCUCGUUGGGCGGGUUCCCACCAAUACCUGGGCUUCACGGUGCUGUGUAGAUCUUCUUGGGGGAUCAGGGGCGGGUUCUGGGCUGUGGUUGAUCGAAUCGUGACGGCGGUUAUUUGGCUAGGGAUUCAGAUGUACUGGGGUGGACACGCCGUGAAGAUUAUUCUGGGAGCCGUGAUUGGGCCUAAAUGGAUUUUUAUGGCGAAUACGCUUCCCGCUUCUGCGAAUGUUGAUACGGCGAGUCUGAUCUCGUUUUUCGUGUUUGCGGCGAUUUUCCUGCCUUGUUUGUACGUUCCGCCGGAGCGGCUGCAGGUACCUUUGAGGGUCACGUUGGUCAUGAUUACGCUGACGAUGUUUGGGAUUUUGGGGUGGGCUGUUGGGACGAAUGGUGGUGCCGGGACACUGUUGCAUACGCCGUCGACGGCGAAUGGGAGUGCUUUAUCCUGGGCGGCGCUCUUCGGGCUGCAGUCUCUUGUGGGCUCGCAGGCAUCGGGGUGUCUUGGGCAGAGCGAUUGCACAAGAUACGCGAAGACGCCGAAUUCUGCGUUGUUUGGUCAGCUUGUGACAGCGCCCAUCACGAUAUCAGUCACUGCAAUUUGUGGUCUGUUGAUCACAUCUGCGACUCAAGAGAUCUAUGGCGUAUACCUCUGGAACCCGUUUGAGCUGUUGCUACAUGUCCAGCAGACCUCUCUUACUGCAGGCUGUCGCGCUGGAACCUUCUUCGCUGGUCUGGGCUUCCUUGCGAGCCAGAUGGCGUUAUGCAUCAUCCUGAACUGCGUCUCAGCUGGGAUGGAUCUUGCAGCACUGUGUCCGAAGUGGAUCAAUAUCCGUCGUGGCUGCUACCUGGUGUCCGUUAUCAGCAUCGCGAUUUGUCCUUGGCAGUAUGUCACCCAGCCUACCACGUUCAUCACUGUACUCAGCGGAUGGUCCGUGUUUCUGUCUCCGAUGACCGGAAUCGUCGUUAUAAGCGAUUACUUCCUGAUUAGGAAGAGGGAGUAUCAUCUCGGCGACCUCUACACUGGCAAUAGCUCCAGUGCGUACUGGUACACUGUGGGCUUCAACUGGCGUGGCUUUCUUGCUUGGGCGAUGGGGAUAUGGCCUGUCCUACCAGGCUUUGUGAGAACCAUCCGUGAAGUAAGCUUUGGAAACGGGUGGGAUCGUCCAUUUCGGUAUUCAUGCUCAUGCUCACCAUUAUUGCGUUUCUCGUUGAUCACGUACUUCUACGGCUUCUUCUCAGCGCUCCUCAUCUACUGGAUCCUUCAUACGGCCUUUCCUGUUCCUCGUCAGACCGGACACUCGCCAUUCGCAUUGGCUGAGCACGUGGAGAUACUCGAUGCGGCGGACGUUCCUCCAGUCGGGACAUGGAAAUCGUCGAUACUGAGCCUUCGACGAUGUUGUAAAGCAAAUGGCCAUCUUCGUUGCAAUGACCAGAAUCUAAAGCCAUCAUGA